AGCUGGGAAUCAUCGCUCCUCCCUCCGGUGUUCACGAGGUCCGAGACGUCAGUAGUGCAUGGCAGUUUCCGGAACCGCUGACAUGAGAGCCCCCUUCCUGCAAAGUAUCAGGUAUUGCUGAGUUAAUGAAGAGCAAGAACAGAACACAGAAGUGAUUUCACUAUCCAAGGCUGGGAAAUUUGGGUUUCGGAGGGAUACCUACCUGGGACAGUAGGACCAUGUUUCCGAAAAUAACUACAGAACUGCUGAAGCAGCUCCGGCAAGUGAUGAAAAAUUCCAAAUAUGUUUCUGAACCCAUUCACGCCUACAUUGUGCCCUCAGGAGAUGCUCAUCAGAGUGAAUACAUUGCACCUUGUGACUGCCGUAGGGAGUUCAUUUGUGGAUUUAAUGGCUCUGCAGGAACUGCCAUUAUAACAGAGCAACAUGCAGCCAUGUGGACAGAUGGACGCUAUUUCCUUCAGGCAUCCCAACAAAUGGAUUCCAAUUGGACACUCAUGAAGAUGGGACUGAAAGACAUUCCUACUCAAGAGGACUGGCUUGUAAGUGUACUUCCUCAAGGUUCUAAAGUUGGAGUGGAUCCUUCUAUUAUUCCUGCUGACCAGUGGAAGAGGAUGAACAAAGUUCUGAAAUGUGCUGGCCAUGUUCUUGUGCCAGUGAAAGAUAAUUUGAUUGAUGCCAUAUGGGCAGAUCGGCCACCACGACCUUGUAAGCCUCUGAUGACACUAGAUCUUAGCUUCACAGGAAUCAGUUGGAAAGAAAAGAUUACAGCUCUGCGGGGCAAAAUGGCUGAGAGGAAGGCUCUCUGGUUUGUUGUGACAGCUUUGGAUGAUGUGGCUUGGCUUUUUAAUCUUAGAGGGUCUGACGUGGAAUACAAUCCAGUGUUCUUUGCUUAUGCUAUCAUAGGGAAAGACACUAUCAGGUUGUUCAUUGGUGGCAAUCACUUAAUAGAUUCAAAUGUGAGAGAGCAUCUGUUUUUGGAUUCUGCUCAGGACCCUGAAUUGCACAUACAAAUUCUGCCAUACGAUUCCGUCCUGACAGUUCUGAAAUCAAUUUGUGAAUCUCUUUCUCCACAUGAGAAAGUUUGGCUCAGUGAUAAAGCCAGCUAUGCUCUAACUCAGGCCAUUCCCAAGGAUCACCGCUACCUCACCCCCUACACUCCCAUCUGUAUAGCCAAAGCUGUGAAGAAUGUGACAGAAGCGGAAGGCAUGAGGAAGGCUCAUAUUAAAGAUGCUGUUGCAUUGUGUGAGCUGUUUAAUUGGCUGGAGAAGGAGGUUCCCAAAGGCAACGUUACGGAAAUCAUAGCAGCAGAUAAAGCAGAGGAAUUUCGUAGCCAGCAAGAGAACUUCGUUGACUUGAGCUUUGCUACCAUUUCAAGUACAGGCCCAAAUGGUGCUAUCAUUCAUUACAAGCCUUCUCCUGAAACAAAUAGAACUUUGUCCUUGAAUGAGAUUUAUCUCUUGGAUUCUGGUGCUCAAUACAAGGAUGGAACUACAGAUGUGACAAGGACUAUGCAUUUUGGUACCCCAUCGAUGUAUGAGAAGGAGUGUUUUACCUACGUCCUGAAGGGCCACAUAGCAGUCAGUGCAGCCAUAUUUCCUAAUGGAACCAAAGGUCAUCUCCUGGAUUCCUUUGCUCGCUCUGCAUUGUGGGAUCAAGGCUUAGAUUACUUGCAUGGUACAGGUCAUGGAGUUGGUGCUUUCCUCAAUGUACAUGAAGGUCCAUGCGGCAUUAGCUACAAAACAUUUGCAGAUGAACCUCUGGAAGCGGGAAUGAUUGUUUCUGAUGAACCAGGUUAUUAUGAAGAUGGCUCUUUUGGGAUCCGAAUUGAAAAUGUUGUCAUUGUUGUUCCGGCUAAAACAAAGUAUAACUUCAGCAACAAAGGGAGUUUGACUUUUGAACCAUUGACCCUCGUCCCAAUCCAAACUAAAAUGAUACUUGUUCAUCUAUUGACUCAAAAAGAGUGUGACUGGCUGAAUGACUACCACAGAAAAUGCAGAGAAGUGAUUGGGGCAGAACUUGAACAACAAGGACGACAUGAGGCCCUUCAGUGGCUCAUUAGAGAAACAGAGCCAAUCUCUCAAAUACACUAAUAAGAGUAUUUCUAUUUUUGGAUGUAAUUCCUUUUUAAAAAUCCAUGUUCAGGACUGCUUUGGCUUUACAAUGAUGAUUUGGGGGAGGCAUGAGUUUUUUAAAAGAAUAAUAAUCAAGAUAAAUAGAAGAAGAACAAUGGACAAGAUAGAGGGUGAAAGGAUUUAUUCCCCUGUGAUGUUCUCUCUGUUUUUUCCUUUUGAUAAUGAACAAAAUUAAAUUCAGAGCUUAAAUCUGUGUCUUAAACAAUGAGAUGGGUUAGUGGGAAAGAACACAUGGCUGUGAAACUAAUCUCUGGAUCAGAUUGAUCAAUUUCCUUGUAUAAACAGUGAAAGUAAGAAAAUAUUCCAUAAUGUGAGUUGGCUCUUGGUGGCAAUUUUCUCAAAUGUUAAGGAGGAAUGGUAUUGCAUCAAAGGCGCACAUAUCUGCUAAAAUUAGUGCCUGCAUAGGUUUAAGUUUCCUGAAAAAUAGAAUUUCUCAUAAUUAUUCCUGAAAGAUUUUAGCAUCUGGCUUUGCUGCAUCUCAUAUUUCAGAAAGGCAACUAGUUACUGCAUUUUUAUCCUCCAAUAAAGGAAGUGCCAAACAAUACUUUGCAUUUUUGAAGCAUUCAUGACUGAUCAUAUACUAUCCAGUGCACGCAGGCUGUAUCCCUAUGCCUGUCUGUUGCAUUCAGUUUUUUUAAUUCCAAAACAUGACUGCAACCUCAGCAGAAUAUAUCUUGAUAGCCUCAUGCCAUCUCAACUAACUGAGCAAUUUAUUUUCAAUAAAUAAUAAAUGGGGCAAUCUGCAAUUGAGUAAUACCAGGGGACGGGGUGUAAUUUUUUCUUUUUUCUUAGUACAUUAAAAAUUCUGAAACUUUUUUGGAUAGAGAUAUACCCACCUUGCUGAAGCAUGCAAUAUAACACAACCAAAUUUUCUCAUGACUAUAUAUUUCUAAAUGUGUGUAAUAAGUAAACAUAGUAUCAGCGAAUGUAAGGAUCUUUUGAAUGUUUGAACAAAUGCUUUCUGGGCUUUACUUUUUAGUCUGCAAGAUCUCCAAGGACCUAUAGGUGUUGACGCCAUAUUGAAAAGUUUAGUCCAACAUUUUUGUGAUAACUUGGAGUCAAUAGAAUGUCAAAUCCCCUUGAUUAAAGUAGACUAUACUUUUCUUCAGGUGUUUCAAAGCAUGAAAAAGGAGCUGGGCAAAACUUAGUGUAUGUUCUUUUGGGGCUACUCUGUAUGCAACUCUAUGCACUCAGAGCAUCCUGGAUCUGCAGAAAUAGUUUCAGGGAGAGAACUCAGAACUCUUUUGGCUAUACUGGAAAUGAUGAGGGUUAUCGCAUUUUAUGUGUUCUAGAUUGGGGAAGGGUCACUAGUACAAUUUGUGCAUGUUUUAAAGCACACUUUUCUGUGGAGGAUUGUGUUAACAUUCAUGUGUAUCAAUUAAUUAAAAACAUAAAUUCUAAAUA